AUGGUAAACACCAAGUCCCUGACAAGCCUGGCGGUCUUCCAUCUGCUCCUCCAGCUGCUCUUCCAAAUAGCCCCCCUGACGACCCAUGCCAAAGAAUGGUGUAAAGCGAAAUUCGAAUUGGGAAAGGCAGACUACGCAGAGUGCCAAAGUGAAACGGAAAAUAUUGCCAAGUACAUGAUACAUACAACUCCUGUAAUUUCCAACGAUGUAGAUCUCUAUGCUAACGUCUCCCUAGUAAUGUCCAACGGGUAUGGACUUAAGACAAAAGAAAUCAAUAUCGGAAAUGAAGAAGAAGGACUAUUAAGUAAAACAUUUGCAGUCACAACUGAUGUAGGAAGUCCAGAAUACAUACAUGUAAAAUUAAAUUCAGUAAAAAAAAAUUGGAAAUGCAAAAAAAUUACCAUAUGGAAAGAUUACAAGUAUUGGGUUUUUGAUUGUACAGGAUUGUUAAAUGAUAAAAAUUCUGAAGGGACUUACUUCCUCUCAGGAAAUAAAAUAUACACAGCAUUUGUUCAAACAGGGAAAGAUAUCCAAGCAGGGACAAAUGGGACUGUCGAAAUUGUGCUCCUAGGAAAUGACAAAAGGAGCAAUACCAAAGUACUACAAGAAGGGUUCAAAUCUGGAGUGCUGAAGAAAAUAAAAUUUCAAGCAUCAGAUGUGGGGAUCAUAGAAGAUAUUAUACUGACCAAUAAUGCUAGUAGGGAUGAUCCCUGGUAUUGCGAUUUUGUCAAAAUCAAAAGUGACAAUAAGCUUUACGUGUUUAAUGUUAAGAGUUGGAUUGGACAUCCUUACGAAAAAACGGUGAAGGUGAAUAUAAGGGCAGAUCAGAGUGUAGAUGGUGGGGCAGCAAAAGACAUCGAUUGCCACAUCAGGGGAAACGAUUUAAUCAAUACGAGUAAUUUGCCACAAGCAUUACAAAGUAAGGUGCAAAUAUUCAAAGUGAGAUGUCCACAGAAUUGUCAAAAUGCAGAAUUUGCUUCCGUAGAAGGUUCCUCCAUUCAUCCUUCCUCUACAUCUAUCUGUACAUCUGCUAUUCACGACGGGUCAUUAACCCCAAGUGGAGGUUCUAUCAUAGUAACAGUUGGAAACGACUUAAAUCAGUACCAUGCAGUUAAGGAAAAAAAGUCAAAUCAGAUUGAAGCGAUUGAUAUUAUUACAAAACCGGAUGAACCAAAUUUCUCCUUCUACACAUACCGUCUAGAAUCCAUUGAUGAUGUCAAGAGUAACGUCCGAAUUGUAGAUGCAUUUGGAAAACUCUCAUCCUUGGGGAGGUUAGAAAUUAGACGGACUGACAACACGUGGGGAACUGUCUGCAAAAGAGGACAAAAUUUUACCUUCUCUGACGAUAGUGCUAAACGGGCAUGUGCAGAUUUAGGCUUCCCCAAUGGAGUCUAUAUUAAACAAAUGUGUUUCAAUCUUAAUGGAAAAAAUUAUUGUGCUGGUUAUAAGUACCCCUUCAGUAGUGCUGGCAUCGUAUGUUCCGGAAAUGAAAAAAACUUACUUCAAUGCCAUGCAGAUGAUUCUUCUCAUUGUGUAGACCAUCACGAUGAUGUCAUAAUUCAAUGUCUAAAUCAGGGAAGCAACAAAGAAUCAGUUACCGACGGGAUGAUCAGAUUAGUCGAUAUUACUGGUGCCCCAACUACUAACGGAAUUGGAAGAUUAGAAAUUUUUUACAAUGGCUCAUUCGGUUCUGUGUGCUCAGAAGGAUGGGUAAAAGAAGGGGAGAAAAUCGCCUGCAGAGAAUUGGGCUACACAGGACUAAAGGGAAAUGGAUUCUCCCACCAUCUAUGUACAAACAUCGCAGGGGAAAAUUUAUGUGGACAUGAUGCAGACAAAAUAAAUGCUGUAAAUGUCAAAUGCAAAGGGGAUGAAAAGUCUCUCCAAAAUUGUGCACAUGAAACGAACGAAGAUAUUUACUGCUCUCACGAUGAAGAUAUCGUCAUUGGGUGUUCAGGUGGGGAAGAAGAAGAAGAAUAUGAAGGGGGUAGCCUAGGAGGUGGACAGAACUCCAACUCUCUAAGCACAACUGUAGGACUUAAAAAACAUUUCCUAAAUUUAGAGAAAAAGAACUUCCCACGUAAAAUCGAGUUAACAUGCUUUGAAAAAAUCGUAUCCAUAGCAGAUCUCAGCGCCGCACAAGUGGGAGACGUUUUCUUAGCUAGCUGUCCUGAAAAAUGUGACGAAGAAGUAGGGGUUGUCAAAGGAACGUUUUUAUAUACCUUCGAUUCGCCUAUAUGUAAAGCGGCCAUACACGCGGGUGUGCUCUCAAGCAAUGUCGCAGAUGACCUUGUCCUCAUCAUAUCACACAAGCAUCACAACUUUAUCGGCACGAAGCGAAAUAAUGUCGAAUCGCAUGAGUUCACUGGAACGUCCAAAAGUUUCAGCGUCAGUAUCCCAACCAGGUCUAUCAUCCAAGAGGAACGAAAGAGUAACAACAAAUAUGGAGAAGAAAAUUCAGACACAGAGUCUUCACAUGGUAAUGGGUUGGAUGAUCAACGUGGAGAAAAUUCGCUCUUGGCGCCCCCCCUUCUUCAGCGACAAAAUGGGAAGCUAACCACAAUAGGGUUAGGGACUCAACCAACAUUCCAGUGGAUACCCCCAACAGGCUUCCCCGGAUUUAACGGAAAAGAAAACGAUUUUAUUAACUGUACCAAUUUGCCAAAUGAGAAGUAUAUUAAAAGUUUGUCUAACUUUACCUUCAUCAUUUAUUUCACUUUGAGUGCCGGAGGAGGAAACUGGAGGACCCUACUAUCUCACAGCUUGUGUGAUGGAAUCUCCAUCUCAGUGAACGAAGAAAACGAGUUGAUAAUUGAACAAAACUGUAACCCUCACUUGUUAAAGAGUAAAUUCAAGCCAGUCCUCGGACAAACGUACCACCUCGCAGUAGUGUUUAACAAAACAAACAAAGGUGUCAGUCUGUACAUAAAUGGAAAGAAACUCAACAUGGAGAAGAAGGCCAAAUAUGACUUUACCCUAAAUGGAGAUUUAAUCAUUGGCAGAUCCAACCAAACCACGACAGAUUAUUUCAUAGGAAGUAUUCAUCUCGUUGAAGUAUAUAAAUUUGUUUUAGCCGAUGAAGAAAUUAAGCAAUCGGCAAAUGCUGCUCUCUCCUUGGAUUACUUCAGUCGAGGCACUGAUAACAACUACAACGGUUUGGGCAAAACCAAAAGGGGGAAGAAAAAAAGUGGCAACAACAGAAAAACGGUUGAUGGUAGAGAAUGUAUGACUCCAUGUAAACCAAAAAGUAUCAUCAACAAGGAACUUCAAAUAAAUGGAGAGCAAAUCAAUUUAUCCUGCCAAGAUGAUCUAUUGUCUCACCAGUUUAAUGGCAAAAUCGGGUCACAGUUUUUGGUUCACUGUUCGGAUAACUGUACCAAAUCCAAGUUUAUUAUAAAAGGAAGCAACAACUACUACACCCCAGAUUCAUCCAUAUGCAAAGCAGCUAUACAUGCCGGGGUGUACAAACCUAACAGAAAAAAUGGAGAUGAAAAUAACUCAUUCAUUCUGAGAAUUGUCAAUGGGUUGUUUGAAUAUAAGGCAGCUAGGGGACACAUGGGAAUUGUUUCAAAAUCGGAAAGACAAUCUCAGUUACGAUCCUUUUCGAUAUUCCCUGAAAAUGACGAUAAUAUUCUCUCCUGCUCUUCUAAUGGAUACUUAUUUUUAAACUUACCUCUUGGAGAAAAACGAACAAUCAUAUGCCCAUCUGAUUGUGACAAAAUGGAAGGCAAAAUUUGGGGCACAAAUCGGCUAUACAUUCUGGAGCCUUAUCAACUCAAGGGGGCCUUGUCGACAUGA